GCUUCGGUCAUAUUGUGUUUCAAGUGACUAAGUAGCUGUCAAUUUGCCUUCUCUGGUCUUAUUCAUAAGACUCGCUCUUUCUCUUUGCUCUGCGGGGUGAACCAUACUUAGAACAUGGGCCGCUCACUGGAUUCCGGAGUCCUCGCUCUGCAGAAAGGCCUCCAGCCCUCCAGCAGCCAGCAUGGGGCACAGUAAGCAGAUCCGGAUUUUACUCCUGAACGACAUGGAGAAGCUGGAAAAGACCCUCUUCCGAGUUGAGCAAGGGUUUGAGCUGCAGUUUCGAUUAGGCCCAACGCUCCAGGGAAAAGCAGUCACAGUGCAUACAAACUACCCCUUUCCCGGGCAAGCGUUUCACCGAGAAAAAUUCCGCCCCCUGGACUGGGAGCAUCCGUCCGGCAGAGAGGACGACUCGGACAAACACUGUGCCCUCCACCUCCAGCAGGCGGGCUCCUUCCACUACUACUUCCUCCAAGGGAACGAGAAGAGAGGUGGGGGUUACAUAGUUGUGGACCCCAUUUUACGUGUCGGUGCUGAUGACCGGGUGUUGCCCUUGGACUGUGUCGCUCUCCAGACCUUCCUCGCUAAGUGUCUGGGGCCCUUUGACGAGUGGGAAAGCCGGCUGAGGGUUGCGAAGGAAUCAGGUUACAACAUGAUUCAUCUUACGCCGCUGCAGACCCUCGGACAAUCGCGGUCAUGCUACUCCCUUGCUAAUCAGCUGGAAUUAAACCCUGAUUUCUCAAGACCCAAUAAAAAGUACACUUGGGACGAUGUCGGGCAGCUAGUGCAAAAACUGAAAAAGGAGUGGAACAUUCUUUGCAUUACCGACGUUGUCUACAAUCACACUGCUACGAACAGCAGAUGGAUCCAGGACCACCCGGAGAGCGCCUACAACCUGGUGAACUCUCCGCACCUGAAGCCCGCGUGGGUCCUGGACCGAGCCCUGUGGCACCUCUCCUGCGACGUGGCCGCCGGGAGAUACCGGGACAGGGGGGUGCCCGCGCUGAUCGAGAACGAGCAUCACAUGCAUUGCGUCCGGAAGAUCAUCUGGGAGGACGUUUUCCCAAAGAUCCAGCUCUGGGAGUUUUUCCAAGUGGACGUUGACAAAGCCGUGAAGCAAUUCCGAGGGCUCCUUACACAAGGAAAUAGGAAAGUAGCAACCCCACCUGAUGCCCAGCGGCACCUGGAGAUUAUCCAGGACCCCGAGUACCGGCGACUGGGCUGUGCCGUGGACAUGAACCUCGCACUGGCCACCUUCAUACGAAAUAGGAAAGUAGCAACCCCACCGGAUGCCCAGCGGCACCUGGAGAUUAUCCAGGACCCUGAGUACCGGCGUCUGGGCUGUGCCGUGGACAUGAACCACGCACUGGCCACCUUCAUACCCCACAACAACGGGCCGGGCGCCAUUGACGAAUGCUGUGACUGGUUCCGGAAGAGAGUCGAGGAAUUAAAUGCAGAGAAACGCCAACUCGUCAACUCUCAUCAGGAGCAGGCCGUUAAUUGCGUUUUGGGAAAUGUGUUUUAUGAGCGACUGGCUGGCCAUGGUCCCAAACUAGGACCCAUCACGAGGAAAGACCCUUUAGUUACCAGGUACUUCACGUUCCCGUUUGAAGAAGCGAGCCUGUCGGCGGAGGAGGCCGUGAUCCACCGCCCGGACAAAGCCUGCUUCCUGAUGGCGCACAACGGCUGGGUCAUGGGGGACGACCCCCUGCGGAACUUCGCCGAACCAGGCUCCAACGUGUAUCUCCGGCGGGAGCUGAUCUGCUGGGGCGACAGCGUGAAGCUCCGCUACGGGCAGAAGCCGGAGGACUGCCCGUACCUCUGGGCCCACAUGAGGAAGUACACGGAGAUCACCGCCACGCACUUCCAGGGCGUGCGGCUGGACAACUGCCACUCCACGCCGCUCCACGUGGCCGAGUACAUGCUGGACGCCGCCCGGAAACUGCAGCCCAACCUGUACGUGGUGGCGGAGCUGUUCACCGGGAGCGAGGAGCUGGACAACAUCUUCGUCACCAGGCUGGGCAUCAGCUCCCUGAUCAGAGAGGCCAUGAGUGCGCAUAACAGUCAUGAGGAGGGCAGGCUGGUGUACCGCUACGGCGGCGAGCCCGUGGGCUCCUUCGUCCAGCCCUGCCUGAGGCCCCUGAUGCCGGCCAUCGCCCACGCCCUGUUCAUGGACAUCACCCACGACAACGAGUGUCCCAUCGUGCACAGAUCCGCCUACGACGCCCUCCCGAGCGCCGCGAUCGUCUCCAUGGCGUGCUGCGCGAGCGGGAGCACCCGGGGCUAUGACGAGUUGGUGCCUCACCAGGUUGGUUUAUGUGCUCGGUCACGGUUCCAUUCCAAGUGGAACCCCGGGGCAUCGCCGACCGACACGGGGGAAGUGAACUUCCAGAGUGGCAUCCUCGCGGCCAGGCGCGCCAUCAACAGCCUGCACCAGGAGCUGGGGGCCGGCGGCUUCAUCCAGGUGUAUGUGGACCAGGUGGACGAGGACAUCGUGGCCGUGACCAGACACUCGCCCAGCAGCCAUCAGUCCGUGGUGGCUGUGUGCCGGACUGCGUUCAGGAACCCCAAGACUUCCUUCUACAGCAAGGAGGUGCCGCAGAUGUGCAUCCCUGGUAAAAUUGAAGAAGUCGUUCUUGAAGCGAGAACUAUUGAAAGGAACACAAAGCCUUAUAAGAAGGACGAGACGUCCAUCAAUGGGAUGCCCAACGUCACCGUGGAAACCAGAGAACACAUCCAGCUUCACGAGAGUAAGAUUGUGAAACAAGCCGGCGUCACCACCAAGGGGCCCAACGAGUACAUCCAGGAAAUCGAAUUUGAGAACCUGUCUCCGGGGAGCGUCAUCGUAUUCCGAGUGAGUCUCGACCCCCACGCACAGGUGGCGGUUGGGAUUCUCCGGAAUCACCUGACGCAGUUCAGUCCUCACUUCAAGGCCGGGAGCCUCGUGGUCGACAACUCGGACCCCAUAUUGCAAGUCCCCUUUGCGUCCAUCGCCUCCGGGUUGACCCUGGCCGAGCUGAACCAGGUGCUGUACCGCUGCGAGGCCGAGGAGCGCGAGGACGGCGGCGGGUGCUACGACGUCCCCCGCUGGUCGCCUCUCAAGUACGCGGGCCUUCAAGGUGAGCAGGGCGAGGGGCUCCAGCGCGGGGGGUGUUUUUUCAAGCGUCAGACGGUGUCUUCUUAUAACUGGUCAGUAGAGUUGCAGGUUUGGAUUUGCCUUUUAAUCCACAGCUGGCCUGCAGACAUGCCCCAUGCGCUUUUUGCAUCAUGUCCCCUGCAGGUGGGUAAGUGGCUGCAGGCCAUGUUCUUCUACCUGAAGCAGAUCCCACGCUACCUGAUCCCGUGCUACUUCGACGCCAUACUGAUUGGCACCUACACCACGCUCCUGGACACAGCCUGGAAGCAGAUGUCCAGCUUCGUCCAGAAUGGUUCUACCUUCGUGAAACACCUCUCGCUGGGCUCGGUGCAGAUGUGCGGGGUGGGGAGGUUCCCCUGCCUGCCCCGGCUCUCCCCGGCCCUGCCCGAUGUGCCCUACAGGCUGAACGAGGCCACGCGAGAGCGGGAGCAGUGCUGUGUAUCUCUGGCAGCAGGCUUGCCUCACUUUUCUUCUGGAAUCUUCCGCUGCUGGGGCCGGGACACUUUCAUCGCACUGAGAGGCCUCCUGCUGCUCACGGGGCGUUACAUGGAGGCCAGGAACAUCAUCCUGGCCUUCGCCGGCACCCUGCGGCACGGGCUCAUCCCCAACCUGCUGGGCGAAGGCACGUGUGCCAGGUACAACUGCCGGGACGCCGUGUGGUGGUGGCUGCAGUGCGUGCAGGACUACUGCCGCCUGGUGCCCGGCGGCCUGGACCUCCUCCGCUGCCCCGUGGCCCGGCUCUACCCCACCGACGACUCCGCGCCUUUGCCGGCUGGCACAGUGGACCAGCCGCUGUUCGAGGUGAUCCAGGAGGCUCUGCAGAGGCACCUGCAGGGCAUCCAGUUCCGGGAGAGGAACGCCGGGCCCCAGAUAGACCGCAACAUGAAGGACGAAGGUUUCAAUAUCACCGCCGGGGUCGACGAGGAGACGGGAUUUGUUUUCGGAGGAAAUCGCUUUAACUGCGGCACGUGGAUGGAUAAGAUGGGGGAGAGUGACCGAGCCAGGAACCGAGGCAUCCCAGCCACUCCCAGAGACGGGUCCGCCGUGGAGAUCGUGGGCCUGAGUAAGUCCGCCGUGCGGUGGCUGCUGGAACUGUCCCGGAAAAACAUCUUCCCUUACCGCGAAGUCACAGUGAGAAGACACGGAAAGACCGUGAAGGUGUCCUAUGAGGAGUGGGACAGGAAGAUACAGGACAACUUCGAGAAGCUGUUCUACGUGUCUGAAGACCCGUCCGACCCGAACGAGAAGAACCCGGACCUGGUCCACAAGCGUGGCAUCUACAAGGACAGCUACGGUGCGUCCAGCCCGUGGUGCGACUACCAGCUCCGGCCCAACUUCACCAUCGCCAUGGUUGUGGCCCCCGAGCUGUUCACGGCGGAGAAGGCGUGGAAAGCCCUGGCGAUGGCCGAGGAAAAGCUGCUCGGGCCCCUGGGCAUGAGGACCUUGGACCCAGAUGACAUGGUGUACUGUGGGGUUUAUGACAACGCCCUGGACAACGACAACUACAACCUGGCGAAAGGUUUCAAUUACCACCAAGGACCUGAGUGGCUGUGGCCCGUUGGGUAUUUCCUUCGUGCAAAAUUGUAUUUUUCCAAAUUGAUGGGGCCGGAGACCAACGCCAAGACGAUAUUUCUGGUUAAGAAUGUCCUUUCUCGGCAUUAUGUUCAUCUUGAGAGGUCCCCUUGGAAAGGGCUCCCGGAGCUGACCAACGAGAACGGCCAGCACUGCCCCUUCAGCUGCGAGACGCAAGCCUGGUCCAUCGCCACUGUUCUCGAAACGCUCUAUGACUUGUAGCUGCCUCGGGGGCUCGUUACGCGUGCAGUCCCUGGUAGGUGGGAGCAGGGACGCAGUGCAAGUGUUUUACAUGCACCGGCUCAGGUCGCAUGGGAAGUCUCCCUCCUGCAACAUGGACGCACACUUAGGUCACGCCUGUGAAAGCAUGGAUUUUUUUAAAUGUACAUAGGUAGCUUUUGAUUUGAGGCAGAGAGACAGUCAUCAUGACCAAGGGAGUGUUUUUCUUUCGAUUUCAGUAAGUGCCCUUCGAAGGCUCAUGAAUAACGAGUGUGAGACCUGGAGUUUGAGAAUGGAGAAAUCAUGCCAUCUUCUGUUUGUACAUGAGUGACAUGAAAUGAGAGGCUGGGAUCCGUUUUCUUCGGUCACAGAACAGACUGAAUAGGCUGUGGUUUGAUGAAUGGUCUUGCCACUGACUGUAGUAUUUCGGGCACCUUCCCACUGCUUUCAACAACUAUUCAGUGAAUGAUGAGUUCUGGGAGGGCCCGCCUGUAGAACAAUAUGUGUUCAGAAAUGGGGCACAGAGGGUCGGACGUGCUUUUAUUGUUUCACGGAUACAUUAGUAUGUGCUUUAUCAUCAAUACCAACAGCAUAUUUAAUAUCACUUACUUAUGCUAAUGAUGCAUAGGAGAUAGGGACAAGCCCCGAAGCAUUAGGUAUUUCCUAAAAGCAGUUUUAUAAAAUUCUUCAGUUUCCGUUUCUUACAAGGAGAUGGUUUACAUUUUUAAAAUGCAAAAACAGCGGGCAUACUGCUGAGAACUUGAAGGGGAAAUACUAUAUUAAUUUUCUAAAACGGAGUAGCUGCUCUUAGUCUGUGUGUCAGUGUGUUAUAGGUCACAGUAGCUCCUGGCUGCCUGUGAGCCACGCCCGCCAUUGCCAAGUGUAGCCUGGAGAAGACGCUCCAUAUAAUAAAAUUAGAGAUGGAAAUCCUGUCAUUGUCUUAAUUCAGCAGCAGCAUUUCUGACGUGUCCUCAGCUGUCCUGCCUGGUAGGCAGGCGCCUUUCUGUGUCUGUGUGCCAGGCAAAUAAAAUCUUUCCUCCAGCUC